GCGCUCUCGACUCUCGUGGUUGUCUCCAUCCGCCCCUCAACUCUAUCAUGUCACCAGGUCCAGGGCAGUUUGAGCCGGCCGACGUGCGUAUGUAUAUACUCGCCAACGUCCCUUCUUUAGCGGCAUCUCGAGGAAGUUCGUUCCAGUCAACGAUCAAUCAAGUCGGCAACGAGAACCCAGCAUGUGGGACAGCAGUAGUGUUAUCACUUACAGCAACACCAACAAGGUGACCCUCCGGCAACGUCUGUGCUUGGUUACCUGGGGCUGGUUUACCAUCUCCAUGAGCACCGGCGGCCUCUCUAUUCUCCUCUAUAACCAACCUCAUCAGUUUACGGGGCUCAAAACAAUCGGCAAGGUCUUCUACAUAAUGAACCUGGUCGUCUUUCUCUUCAUCUGUUCGUGCUUGACACUCCGGUUCACCGCAAACCGGUCAGCCCUGCGCGAAUCCUUCCAGAGCCCUACUGAAUCCUACUUCAUCGGCACCUUCAUGUUGGCCAUCGCAACCAUCCUGAUGGGUGCUGCUGAUUACGGCUCACCCUCCUGUGGACCGUGGCUGCAGGUGGCGCUCCGUGUGCUCUUCUGGAUCUAUCUGGCCGUCUCGUUCAUCGCAGCCAUCGGCCUCAAUAUAUGCCACUUUCACUUCCGAAUGGGCAUGAAGGAGAAAAUGGCCAUCGUGCGCGUGCUCCCUUACUUCCCGACCAUGCUUGGCGGCACGGUUGCGUCCGUACUCGCGCAGCACCAGCCGCCGAAACACGCCAUUACCAUGACAAUCGCCGGCAUCACGAUGCAGGGACUUGGCUUCCUGGUCUCCCUCUUCGUCUACUCCGAGUACAUCUACAAUCUCAGCCGAGACGGCCUCCCAGACCCGGCCAUCCGCCCGGAAAUGUUCAUCGCCGUCGGCCCCCUAAGCUUCACCGCCAUUGCCUUCAUCGGCGCAGCGUCGGUCGCACAGCAGCUGUUCCCAGCGCACUACAUCGAGGCUGCCAAGACCGUGAACACGGCAGACGUCGCCAUGGUUCUGGCCGCUUUCUCAUCGAUUUUCAUGUGGCUUCUGGCUUUCUUCUUCUUCUCCCUCGCCAUCAUGUCGUUGCUCGCUAUCUACCGCUCGCUGCAUUUCUCGCUCGUCUGGUGGAGCUGCAUAUUCCCCAAUACGGGGUUCAUCAUCGCUACUAUCCGAAUCGGCACCGUCCUCCAUUCCCCGGGUAUCCUCUGGGUGUCGAGUGCCAUGACCAUCGUGCUGGUCGCGGCCUGGUUUAUCGUCGGCGGACUCACCGUUUGGUCGACGUUUGCGCGGCGAUUACUCUGGCCUUCGGACAAGGAGAAAUGAAUUUUUUUUUUUACGGCUAGUAUAAAAUAUAACACAUCGAUAACGUCAUGAUGGAGUUCGGGAAAAGGUUGGAAAGAAAAAGAAUCGGGAUACCGAAUAACGAUAUUAUGACAAUGUAUGCUAUGAUAGAACUAGAACGAUUAAACCAGCAUUAGACAGAAUUAAUACUAAUUAUAAUACGAAAAA